CCUGAAUAAACUCUCUUUUUCUUACUUACCACCACACUUUCCCACCUCAGAUUCUCUCCUCCCAAACAUUACUUCCUUCUACUAAUAUAGUUUCAACUUUGUUUUUGUUUUUGUAUUCAUUCAUAUUCUCUCACUGUAACCUAAACUCUACAAAAAUAAUAAUCUCAAACACUCUUGCGCCAUGUUUUGUACUACACACCAUCUGAUCCCACCCCAUCCACUCCUCCAUCAACCACCCUAGUUAAUUAUAUAUAUAUAUAUAUAUAUACAAAUCUUAUUUAUUAUAUAACUAUAUUAUACUUCCACACCCCCUUUCUUGAUCUUCUCUCUCAAAAAUAUUUUCAAUAUUAAAAUAAUAAAAAAUGCUUGUAUCAGUGUUUUUGGCUCUUUUUCUACCGUGCGCAGGGAUGAGCGCAGUGUUUGUGGUUUAUCUUUGUCUGUUAUGGUACGCCACGAUUCAACAGAAUGAAGAAGCCGAUCAGUUCCGGCUGCCGGUGAAGCCGGUUCCUAAUCAAGGCUUAUCAGCUUCGGAGCUUGAGAAGUUACCAAAAGUUAGCGUGAAAGAGCUGGUGAUGGGUAGUGAGUGCGCUGUGUGCCUUGAUGAAAUCGAAGAUGGGCAACCGGCUCGGCUUCUUCCCGGCUGCAACCAUGGCUUUCACCUUCAGUGCGCCGAUACAUGGCUUUCUAAGCAUUCAGUUUGUCCGAUUUGUCGGGCCAAGCUCGACUCCCAAUUUUUCAGUGACUCAGAUCAAAAUCCUUGUUAACUAAUUGAAUUAAAUAAUGGCGAUCGUUUUCUCUACCUUCCCCCCCUUUUUUUUUUACUAUUUUUGUUUUGGUAUAUUUUAAUUUGUGUACAGUAUAUAUAUUAUAUUAUAUAAAUAUAUCAACCUGAUCUUUUGUUUGUUUCAAUAUCUGAACAAAUCGAGUGUUAGUGCUUAUAUUUUCAAUUAUUUGUUUACUUUUAUUGGUGAUAAGAUUUAUGUAUUAAUUCUUCGCACUAAUAAUCUAAUUAAGUUGCUUUA